CUAUCUAUAUAAAUAGUAAGUGGAGUCUCAAUUCAAAUAACAGAAACAAAGUUAGUGUUUUCAGAUUGAGGAUAUGGCUUCUUCCUUGGCUUUCUUCACUAUUUUCUCACUUCUCUUGGUGGGCAAUGCAAUAGGUGGAAGAAAAGAGCCUGGGGUAUACUGGAGGGAUGUUAUGAAGGAUGAGCCCAUGCCAAAAGCAAUCCAAGGCCUUCUCCCUGAAGAUCAAUCAUCUUCUCUCUUAAGCAAGAAACCCAACUGUCAGACAAUUCCAGGGGCAAGAAAUGGGGGUGAUAUUGUCAAGGGUUUUGAGCCUAAAAAAGAGAAGGUUUUCUGGGUUUAUGAUGAUGAGGAUGCUAAACUCACAGAAGAGAAAUCAUUUGUUAAGGACCUUGAGCCCAGGACUAAUGUCUCAGCCUAGCAUGAUAAAGGUGCUACUAAAGAAGAGAAGGAGAAGCCAUUUGUGGGUGACUUUGAACCUAGGCCUAAUGUUUCUGCUUAUAAUGAAUAAGUGGAACAGAAACCAUGAAUAUUAUUCAUUAGGUAAGAAAUAGAGUGCCAUUGGUAGUGAUUAUAAAAAAUAUUUCUAGCAUUUCAAACACUUGAAUGAUAAAAAAAUUUAAAUAUUAAAAAUGUUGGAAACACUUUCUAAAAUUAUUAUCAAAUGAGCUUAUAAUUAGAAGCCCCUAGUGUUUAAUGUUUGUAUUGGAAUUGAUGUGAAGUGUGUGAAAUGAUUUAAUAAGAGUUGUACCAC